ACUGCCCCUGAAGCGGCUGGUCUUUGUUUCGAGGCCCUGGAAGAGCUGGGGCAGUGAAUCUGAUACGAGCCCAGAUUCACUGGUGAGCACAAUUUUAAUGAGCAGUUUCGGUGCCAGCCUUCUAGAACCUUUUCUCCAGAGCUAGUGCUAUGUUCACACAUGGACCUUGCUGGGCCUGCCUUCUUCUAAUCAGAUCAUUCCAGAAAUAUUUUUACUAAACUUCGGAUGAAGCUCAAGUUGAAAUGUUGCCUGUAUAAUUGACGACUCUGCAGGAGUGACUUUGUGGAACUUCCUUCCACCACCAUGAAGAGACGUAGCUUUUCCUUCCUCUUCGGCAUCACCUUCCUGGCUCUGUUUGAAGUUCAAGAGGCCCAAAUAAUGAGGAGUAGACGAUGUUCCUGUAUUAACACCAGCACUGAGACAGUUGCCCUCAAAUCCUUAAAGGACCUUAAACAAUUUGCCCCAAGCCCUUCCUGUGAGAAAACAGAAAUCAUUGCUACAAGGAAGAAUGGGAGUCAAACGUGUCUAAAUCCAGAUUCAGCAAAAGUGAAGGAACUGGUGAAACAGUGGGAGAAGCAGGCCAACCAAAAGAAAAAGCAAAAGAAAGGAAAAAAACAUCAAAAAAGCAAGAAAAUUGUAAAAGUUAAAAGAUCCCAAGCUCCUCAUCAAAAGAAGACUGCGGAUUGAACUUGGGUCCUUGCGCUUACAAGGCUGGCGGCUGAAUCCAUGGCCCUGGAAUCAUAAUCUUACAAAGAAAAGGGGUGUCCAGAUUAGCCAGUGUCCAGCCUUUCUCCAUUUGAUACAAAAAUUCCUCCAAUACUGUUCCCAACUAACUCCAGCUUUGUAUGAUUAAUAAGAUAGCCACGAAGAUCAUUUAAAAAAUAGCAGCAAUAUCUUACAUCUGUUAAAAGGUAGGGAAAGAAACACACUGCAGAGCAAAUUUGGUGCAGGGAACGGGAGAAAGGUAUGAGAAUGGUGACCCUACGCAAACAUCUUUAGUUAUGGAGUUCUCCAGUUCCUCCCAUGUUUUUCCCAUUCUCUGGAAAGAAGAAUCCAAAAGAAGUUCCAUAAUUGGAGAGUCUGUGAUCUAGUUUACUCCUAGGAAAGUGGACCAUAACCAACUACAUAUUUUCACCAUGUAUCUAUGAUAAAUAUAUUUAUGCCCACAUUAUAUUCAUCGUUUAUAGACACAUGUAUACUCUAAGCAAAUAAUUUUAAAAUUCAAAGCAGUCUUGGCAUAUAUACUUUGUACUGAGACUCCUUUUUUGUUUAAAGACAGUGGUAUCAAUAAAUAGAGAUUUGCCAGAAAACAAAUCUUAGGUUUAUUUUUUUUAAUGUCUUGAACAUACCCUUCCUCUGUUACAUGCUUAACAAUAAUUCUCACAUAUCCUUUAUUCAUUGGCUUUUUAGCUUUUGUCUCUUGCGGUAUAAUAUUGAGAUAAAGAAAGGAAAGCCCUUUAAAGGGCUUUUUGGGGGACAAGCACAUUUUUCUGGGAAAACAUGACAAAUUUAGAAUUGAAAUUAGACAGAGAAUGGCAGCCUAUACAUUUGAGCUACUUGUGAGAGGC